CCUAGGUCACGAAACAAACGGUGACAGCCCAUAGCGGGGGCGUUGCACAAAACACACCUCCCUCGCGCGGAGCCGCCACCACCACGCCGCCGCCGCCGCCCGUCUCGUCGCGGAGCCACCACCUCGCCGCCGCCCCGCGACGUCGCGCUCCGUCUCGGCCAUGGCGAAGACGAAGCCGACGGCAGCCGGUGCGGCCGCGGCGGACAAGAAGCAUAAUAACAAGAAGAAAGGCAAGGGCAACAUCAAGGGGAGGAGCGGCCCGGCGGCCGUGGCCAUGAAGGCGCGCGGGGCCGCGGCCGCGGGGGCGGAGCGGAGCAACCCCUUCGAGGCCAUCUGGUCGCGCCGCAAGUUCGACGUGCUCGGCAAGAAGCGCAAGGGCGAGGAGAGGCGCACCUCCCGCUCCCGCUCCGACGCCAUCCACAAGAGGGAGAACACCCUGCUCAAGGAGUUCGAGCAGAGCGCCAAGUCGUCGGUCUUCCAUGACCGGCGCAUCGGCGAGAGGGACGAGACUCUGCCCGAGUACGACAAGGCCAUCCUCCGUCAGCAGCGAGAGCACAUGGCGAAGUUGAAACGAGCAAGCAAAUUCAAUCUGUCCGAUGAGGAGGACGACGAGGAUUCUCACACGCUAUUGGGAAAUGAUGAUUUCAAUGAGGAGGUGCCUAUUGGUGACGACAGUGAUGAAGAAGGUAACACGCUCUCAAAGAAGCGCUUAUCUCUCCAAAGUAGUGAUCUCCCUUCAGAAACUGACCUGCCCGGAGAAACACAUGGUCACAAGAGCAAAAAGGAAGUUAUGUCAGAGAUCAUUUUGAAGAGUAAAUUUUACAAGGCCCAAAAAGCCAAGGAAAAGGAAGAGGAUGAACAUCUUGUUGACAAGUUAGAUAGUGAUUUUGCAUUGCUGGCCCAGACGCCAGCACUUCUAUCCCUGACCGAGUCAGCUAGAGUGAACACACAUAAAAACAAUUCAAGUACAAUCCAUAAAGGUUCAUCUGGUCUGACCGGAAAGGAGAUUUUCAAUAAGGAAAAGCCAGAUGCAUACGACAAACUGGUGAAAGAAAUGGUGAUGGAUCAACGUGCUCGCCCGUCAGACAGGACAAAAACCCCAGAAGAACUAGCUCAGGAAGAAAAAGAACGUCUUGAGAAGUUGGAGAAGGAACGUCACAAGCGGAUGCUUGGAACUGCUGAGUCCUCUGACGAAGAAGAUGAUGAUAGCGAGGAUGGUGAUCAUCAUAUGAGGGCGGAUAACUCAAAACCUAUAUCUGGCGAUGAUCUUGGUGAUUCCUUCUCUUUUGACGAGCCAACAAAAAGGAAAAAAGGUUGGGUUGACGAAAUUUAUGAGAAUGAGGGUAGAAAGAUAGGUGAAGGUGUAGCAUCUGGCGAUGAAGGAAGUGAUGACAGUGGUGAAGAUGAGGAUGAGGAUGAAGAAGAUGCUGGUGAUGAAGAGGAUUCAAGUGAUGAUGACUUCCGUAAUAUGCCGGCAAGGGACUGGGAGCAAAGUGACGACGAUGAGGUUGCUGUAGAAGAAGAUGAAAAGGAUGAUGUCAAAGAUAAAGAGCAAGUUAUUGGGGAAAAAGUUAUGAAAACAAAUGCACAAAAUUUGAAGAGAGUAUCUAAUGCGAAGCAAAAAUCACAUGGCAAGGAUGAAGAUCUUCCUUUCGUGAUAGAAGCACCAAACAACUUACAAGAUCUAUGCUCCUUGGUUGAUGGUCGCUCAGAAACUGAAAUAGCUGAGAUUAUAAGCCGGAUACGUACUUGCAAUUCAAUAAGGCUCACACCUGAAAACAGAAAGAAAAUGCAAGUUUUCUACGGUGUUCUCCUGCAGUACUUUGCAGUUUUAGCUACUCAGAGUCCGGUGAAGUUUAAAGUAAUUGAGACCCUUGUUAAACCCUUAGUUGAGAUGAGUGGAGAGACACCAUAUUUUGCUGCAAUAUGUGCUAGGGAACGACUUAUUCAUACACGUGCUCGUCUAUGUGAAGACAUCAAAGUUCCAGGAAAAAGCAGCUUGCCUAGUUUGAAGACAUUACUUCUCCUGAGGUUAUGGUCCCUUAUAUUCCCCUGCUCCGACUUCCGGCAUGCUGUCGCAACUCCAAUGCUUCUGCUUAUGUGCGAAUAUCUGAUGCGAUGUCCUAUACAGUCUGGCCGAGAUGCAGCUGUUGGUUCUUUCUUGUGCUCCAUGGUGCUUGCGGCUACUAAAGAAUCAAAAAAGUUCUGCCCUGAAGCUAUCAGUUUUCUGCAAACUCUUUUGGUAACAUCACUUAAAGGAGAAGUUAGCAAUCAGAUCAAUGACCAGUUUAUGGAGCUCAAGACACUGAAACCAUGGCUUCAUAUCAGUGAGCAAGUGCAUGAGGUGAAUCGUAUGAAUAUCCUCGACCUAAUGAGCAUGGAUCCUGAUUCCCCAUUCUUCGCAUCAGAUAAUUUCAAGGCUGGUGUACUUCUGUCUGUGGCUGAAUGUUUGAGGGGCUUUGUAAUUAUACAUGAAGGGCUCUGCUCUUUUCCAGAAAUCUUCAUGCCAGUUUCUUCUCUGCUGCAACAAAUUAUGGAAAAAUCCGAGUUGCCUGCCCUGUUACAAGAAAUUUUCCAAGAUGUCAUCGACUUGAUUAAGAAGAAAAGUGACGAACACCAUGCUUCAAGAGAGCCGCUCCAAAUGCGAAAGCAGAAGCCUGAACCAAUCAAGCAGCUGAAUCCCAAAUUUGAGGAGAAUUACGUAAAGGGUCUUGAUUACGAUCCUGACCGAGAAAGGGCACGCCUGAAGAAGCUGAAGAAACAAGUGAAGAGCGAGAAGAGAGGUGCGAUGUCCGAGCUUCGCAAAGAUAGUUAUUUCAUGGCUGCUGUGAAAGAGAAGGAGAGGGCGAGACACGAGCAAGAGAGGUCUGAAAAGUAUGGCAAAGCAAUGGCUUUUCUUCAAGAACAAGAAAGCGCUUUUAAAUGCGGGCAGAUGGGAAAAGGCAAAAAAAGGAGGAGGUGAUGAUAUGCUGAUCAUGUUGCUAUCACAGUCCAGUUUGCGCUGGGUAGUGGAGAUAGAAAAUUAGGCAUGCACCUGGUGACCCUGGCGUGCCCCGUUUUAACUGCCUUUGCCACCUCAUGUCGAAGACACGCCGGAAAGAGUAAUCAUAUUGCAAACGCUGAUGUGGAUGGAGGCGUUAUGUUUCUUGCACUCGAGAAUGAGUUGCUCCAGAGUGCUGUGCUCGUGUAAUAGUAGUAAUCUGAUGUAGCCCAGGAAUCGAUUUUGCUCGCUUUUUUUGUCCUGAUUUCUUGUAUGCGCAGUGUUACUCUUCAGAUGUAUCCGAACCAACACAGUCCUGUUCAUCUCGUCGCUUUUCCCAAAUUAAUGGGAAGACAUCCUACACUGGAAUUUAAUCAUUGGUGACAUACUGUUCAAUGUCACUUUGAGUGA